CCGCAGCACCGACGCCGUGUCCCCGAGCGGCCUCGCCUCCCCGUUUCAUCAGGGGCGACACCCGACGGCGUCUCGGGCCCACCGGGCACCCAUGCCCAGCCAGACCGGCUGCACCCGCCCCCUCUGGGCUCGCCGCGCACACAAAACGUAGCACGGCCAGCGGGCGGCGCUGCUCGAGGGCCCUGCGUCCGCGGGCGCCGCAGCCCCCGACCCCAGGUGACCCCCGGGAGCGCCAGGCCGCCUGUGGCCCGCAGUCUCCCGCACCUCUCAGGACCCUCCAACUCAGGUCCCCCUCACCCCCUUUUUCUUCCCCCUCUUCGCCUCUUCGGGCCGUUUCCUCACGCCCGGUCGGGCCCGCUUCAGGAAACUUCUCUGAAGUUCCUAGCCCAAACCUCCCAGAGAGCUCUCUCAACCCCUUUGCGUCCCGCAGCUCCGAGUGACCGAGUGACCGUGGCCGAGGAGGGGCAAAGAGCUGCUCCUCUCCCAGCUCCCAAGAAGCCCUUCGGAGCCCACCCAGUUUUCAUGCCCUUUCCUCCGGGACAGCGGAUUCCAGGUCUCCUCUUAGAAUUUCCUCAAAUCAUGAGAGAUGAAAUUGCAACAACAGUUUUCUUUCUCACAAAACUGGUAAAAAAACAUGACAAACUGAGUAAGCAACAAAUAGAAGACUUUGCAGAAAAGCUGAUGACAGUCUUGUUUGAGACCUACAGAGGUCACUGGCACUCUGAUCGCCCUGCUAAAGGGCAAGGCUUCAGGUGUAUUAGGAUCAACAAUAACCAGAAUAAAGAUCCCAUUUUAGAAAGGGCUUGUGCCGAGAGUAAUGUAGACUUUUCUCACCUGGGACUUCCAAAGGAGAUGACCAUAUGGGUAGAUCCCUUUGAAGUGUGCUGCAGGUAUGGUGAGAAAAAUCAUCCAUUCACAAUAGCUUCUUUUAAAGGCAGACGGGAGGAAUGGGAACUCUCCCAACAAAUCGGUUAUGCUGUUAAUAAAGCCACGUUGGACCACUCCUCCGGCACGUCCUCUGAUGAAGAAAAUUGUUGCAGAGAACCUCAGAUCAUCCCUAAAGUCAGCAAUCCAAAGAGCAUUUAUCAGGUUGAAAACUUGAAACAGAACUUUCAAUCUUGGUUCCAAAUGUCCCGCAGAAAGCACGUGGCAGAUGGCCACGUGGGCCUCCUGGGAAGUGCCUGUCACACUGUAUAUAAGAACCCCAAGUGUUACAGGCCUGCUGCUAUGCAUCGGGUGGACCGGUACCACUGGGUCAACACAAACCGAUAAGACAGUGACUAGGCAUGCAGCCGGAAAAGGCUACAAGACUGGCUUCGUUUUACCAAAAUGAAAAUGAAUCUGAGGCUGAGAGGCCCAUGAAACAAUGUUCAGGUUGGGACUAAAGUGUAUGUUUACAAGUCUUAUCAGAUGAUGACUCUGUUCUUAAAAGUACUUUUAAUUCUUAAUUUUAUGUGACGUUUUAUGUAAUACUAGUAAAUGUACCCAGUGAAGUAAUAGAAUGAAGAUGCUGACCUAUAAGAUUCAAUGAAUUAUGAAAAGUAAGCUUAAAUAAACAUACCAUGUUUUUAAUACCAUUCUGAUUCCGUUUGUU